UUUGUUUUCAUCACCAUGAUAACAUUGACUUCAGUGAGUGGAGCAAAAGAAGUUGUUACUGUCAGGAGAACAGAAUCUUUAGAUGUUCAUGGUAUCAUCAAGCUUAAAACAAAGUUCUCUGAACAAGUAUUUGGAAAUGUGAACGUUAUAUAUUUACUUGAGAAAUCCAACCUGGCUGUGACCAUCAGUAAUGAAGAAAACUAUGUUAUUGCUCAUGCUGCGUUCCUGGACUACCCCAGCUGGGGUGUCAUAGAUCAAGCAGAAUGGGAAGAAUGGUUACACACAAGCUAUGAAAAUAGCAGCAAGUGCACGCCUAUAAACACGCUGUUUAUGCAUCUUUUUGUGGCACAAGAUGAAUAUUCAGCCCAGUGCAUUGAAGAGAUCAUCAGGGCUGUAUAUAAAUCAGCUCCAGAUCUAUACUUCAUAUGCCUUACAACACCAAGGAAAUCUACUCUAGUUCCAGCACUAGCAUCUUUUUUUGAACCUAUGAGAUAUGUUUCCAGCUCACCUUUUGCGCAUGACUAUUCUAUGUACAUAUGUCACAGGCACAAAUUCUACCCUCAUCUGUUUAUCCGGAGAGCCAGAGUGGAAGACUAUAGUGACCUAAUGCCGAUUUUCACGCAGUAUAAUGACACCCUAAACUCCACAUAUGGGGAAUAUUUUCUGGCAGAGUUGAUUGAAGCUCAGGACGAGGAGAACCAUGCUGUUGUCUGUGAGGUGGAUGGCAUUGCUGUAGGCUUCAUGAGUGUGAGUUCUGAAGUGAAUGUUAAACUACUACAGGAAUGUUUUGACCUGGGGCCUUUUCAUGGACUAUGUAAGCCACAUCCUGACGAUGUUCUUCAUUCAAAGGAAAAAUUAAACUCCAAAAGAGAAGAUAACAUAACGAGUAGCCAAAGGUCCAGUUCCGAUUUAUCUCAGAUAUCAGUUGCCAUCAGCAAUCACGAUGCAGAAGAAAAGAUGACUUUAAGAAAUGAGGAUGAUGUUGAGUCUGUGGCUGCCGAUGAACUAACCUUAGAGCAUAAAGAAGGAUCAAGGCCGACCUCUAGUGCAGAGCUGCCUGUGGAUGAUGCCAUCGUAGGUUUGGAUUUCAUUGCCCAGGAGACACCUAGCUCAGCAGCUGAGAUCCAGCACUUCCGCCCUCUGUACAAAGGGAAUGCGACUGCCUUUUGCAUUCAGCUGUUUUGUAUUGAUGAAAAACAUGAGACAAGGUCCAUGGAUUUCUUGAAAUAUGUUUUUUGUCUUUUCCCUGAUAAAGACUUUUGCAUCAUCACAGUGCCUCACAACAUACCGGAAUUUCCUUUGCUCCAAACCUUUGUGCGUGUCGUCCCAUUGAGCACAAGUACAUUAUCUCAGGAGCUUUACGUUUUCCAUCGUUGCGGAUUGCUAAACUCAUUACAAGUUAGGGCAGCAAAAUCCAGAGACGUACCAGCUGUCCAGAAUCUUGUUGAGACACUAGAUCUUCAGCAAAGUAUAUUGGAUGAUUUGAACAUCUAUAACCAAGCACGGAGAGAUUCUGAUGGAACUCCUGUUCAGGCAUUUGUAGCUGAAGUUGGGAAUCAGAUCGUUGGCAUUUCCAUCCUCAGAAAUGAAGAGGACAUUGAGUAUAUUCGGUCACAUUACAACAUUGAAGAUUUUAUUUACUUUAACCACCAUCAACGAGAGGAGCACGGCCAUCUUCACCACCAUGUCCUAAACCCUAUAUUUAGUCACUAUGGCAAGCAUUUCCUGAAAGAAAUUCUACGGUUAUCUCACAAGUCUUCUCUCUAUUAUCCAAUAAAUCCAUCUUAUGAAAAAAAUCAAUUUAAGAAUCCCUGUGCCCAUUCGCUGACAUCUGCCCUUCAUUACAUGGUUCCCGUGCGACCAAGACGACAGAUUGUCUAUCCUCUGGAAAAGCUUGGCAUAAACGCUCCAUCAAAACAAGUCUCGAAGGAUCAGCCAAAUUAUGCCAUGAACCACUUCAAUAGAAAGCUUACGUUGGAACCAAAAGUAACUAUCAAUGCCCGUAUUGUGGUUGUGGGAGCCUCUACUGUUGGAAUCUCUUUUCUGGAAACAUUUGUCUUUUGCCCUCACCUGAAAUUCAAUAACAUUACGUUGAUUUCAACACAUGGCCUACCUGGAAACUACCCCCCUCUUUUUACAAAGAAUUGUGGAUUUUUAGCUAACAGCUACUGUUAUAAUGAUAAAGAUUAUGCGCUGAUGUCACUUCGAUCCUGGGUUAAUGUUGUAGUUGGUAAAAUGACUGACAUAGACAGAGCUGCCAAGUAUGUGAUUGUUUCCAAUGAUCGAAAAGUGCCAUAUGACCAUCUCAUUCUGUGUACUGGGCAACAGUAUCAGGUUCCUUGUCCCUCGGGAGCGGAUAUUAAUCAGUUAGUGACAAACCGAGAGGUACCAGAUUGCUGCAAGCAGAGAUAUACCGGCAAAAUUCCUUCAAAUCUAUUUACGCUGCAAGAUGGUGAGGAUUGUUUGAGGGCAAUGAAGUGGGUGAAAGACAAUAUUGUCGAGCAAGAAGGUAAUGUGAUUGUCUAUGGGAACACACUUGACAGUCACACCACAAUUUCUGCCCUUUUAUCACUUGGAAUUAGUGGUUUUCGCAUCCACCUGGUACAGCCUCCACUUACUUCGAACAUUAGCUGUUUUAACAACUACGCUAUUGAAGAAGCAGUGCAAAAAGCUUUAUCAGCAGCUGGUGUAACAUCCUACUACAACUGUAAACUGGCACAAUGGAAUGAUGGUGGGGAUCCUGAGCCUAUCCACUGUGCUAGUUUCACCACCGACACAAAGCCGCUGAGAUUACAGUGUACAGUAGUAUUCAACUUUUUUGAGAAGAGAGUAGAUUAUGAAGCUUUCAAGGCAAUAAACAACGCAUGCCUUGUUUAUGAUGGAAGACUGGUAAUUAACACCACGUUUCACACAAAUGAUUCAUCCAUAAGGGCAGCAGGACCCCUUACAAAAUUCUCCAAAUGGUAUUAUGCAAAUGAAUGGACACAUAGUAAUUUCAGCUCAAAAGAAGUGGGUUUCCAACUUGCUGCCAGCAUGCUUCAUCUUUUCGAUCCAACACUUGAAACAGUCAUUGAGCCCCCAGAGGAUCAAGAUAGACUCAUUCCUAUUUACAAAGGACCUGUAAUUCAAGGUGGAGUUGUCCCUGGAGGGUUUCACUAUUUGCACGUGUCCAAACCUAGUAUUCCUUGUCCUUUAAAAGCUCAAAUGGCAAAAGCAAAUCAUGGACGGGAAAUCAUAACAGGGAACGCAGUGGAUGGCAGCUACUUUCGCUUACACAUCAAUCAAUACAAUAUGGUGGAAACAAUUACAUGCCUAUCAUUGAAGCCUUUUCCUGCGUCCAAUUUCAUCUGUUUGUAUGGGCAGCAUGAGCGUUUGCUGAAUAAUCUGUGUUCGCGAUAUGAAGAAGGGCAGAUCACAGACCUCUACAGCUACUUCAUGGAGCCGUGGUUUCUGGCCAUCUAUCACGAUCGUUUUAUUGAUUUCAAGAAAGAAGUGCGCGAGAUCCUGGCUUCCAAGCAAGUCUGUGAGCAACCAUCUAUGAAACAAAUAGUCCAGCAAGUGACAGAUGAGCAAAUAAAUCUUACAGAACAACCUAAGAAAUACCUUAAGCUGAUAUUUGAACAGAAUGGCUACAAGCAAGCGUUGGAGAAAAGUGUCUUAAAUUACCUGAACUACAACAGCAAUCACCUGUCCAUGUUUGCCAGGCCUGGGAUUGUGUAGGUCUUUGUGUCAUAAACUAAUGUGGGACUUUCAACUGCACAGAAAAAUAAUCUGAUAAGAUAACUGUAAAAAAACAAAGAGCACAAUAUGCAUUCUGUAUGCUUACCUGUAGGGGGCGGUGGUGCCUAGAUGCUGCUGCAGGAACUGGAUGAGCAAUUAAAUAACACCAUUAACAAA